CUAAACCUUCUCCAGGCUGAGUUCGCGACGAGCACGGAGCUCGUGGAGCAGCCAGUCAGCCGUGCACCAUUGUCGAAGAACCGUCCGGCUGGUCGACACUGACCGCGCGCGCAUCGUCGCCGUCCGACCACUCCGUCCCUCGUGCCAUUCUUCUCUUUGCCUCUUUUCGCCAGGGAGCCCCCCCGGGAACUCCCUCGACAGCUUCGUCUGUGCCUUUGCCGAGCGAGUGUUUCCUCGUGCUUCUCCGGCGCGUGAACGCGUGAGCGAGCGAGUGAAUCUCCGGUGUCGCGCCCCCGGUGUCGUUUCUUCUCGCCCAACAGGUGUCCGUUCGGAGAGUUCAACGCGUGGAAGGGUCUCGCAGUGGUCGGUGCGUGGAGUAAAGUCGCGUGCUCGUCGCGUGCGUCUCGCGUGCUCGUCGUCGCGUCGCGGUCGCCGGUCGCAAGCGCGCGCGCUCGCUCGCUCGCUCGCUCGCUCGCGCUUUUUCGUCGCGCGAUCGCGUCGGGGUGUGUGUGCAAAUCGCGUCUCGUGUGCGGUCCGAUGCGAGGUCCAGCGGUUUAUCCACAGAUAUAGUGCAAAAAUGCGGACGAAGCUGUUCAAGUUAGUGGUGGUCCUGCUGGUCGCAGGAUCCGGCGACACCAGGCCUCAGAGGAAUGACGCGGAUGUGGCGACACAGCCGGAAGCGACGGGAGCGAGCAACGCGGGAUGGAGAGCCGUCCGAUCGUCGAACAAGUCUCACGACAUUGUUCAGAACGAUAGCAGCGGGCAAUCGAACAACACCAACCGUGAUUUGAAGGAUCUGCAGUACAUGGACCAGUCUUUGAGAACAGUCGCCACUCAGCUGCUCAACGUCACGAAUCCGGACAACAUAAUGAAGGUGAACAGUCAACAGCUGAUCAAAGCCGAGCACAGCGCCGGAACGAUGCAGAAGAACUCGGAAAAGAGUGACGCGUCGUUGAUAAAAGAGAUCAACUCGGAAAUCAGCAACCUGGAGUCUAUGGGCGUAAGUUUCGGCAGGCCGAUGAAUUCCAAGUUCAGCUAUUUCGAGAGCAGCCACCCCGGCCAGGCGAUGGCCAUAACAGAGGAAGAACUGGAGCGAGAGAUGAGCACGACGAGACUGAUCACCGCUUACAAGAAUCAUCCGACCACCAGUGGUGGUAUCUCCACUUGGAUCCUACUGAAUCCACCGUCUACGACCGUGAAGAGCGUCACAGGGAUCGAGAAAAAGACGAAGCCGUUCCAAACGGAGGUGCGGCUGACGGUAAGACCGAGCUCGUCGGUCGAGAGGGUGGAGACGAUCCCGCAGCCUGAGAAGAUCACGGAGAAGACCACGCCGCAGCUGACACCCGUUAUAACCACGGAGAAGGUAAUCGCCAGCACGAAAAAGCCGACGGCAACCACGUUGAAGAAGAUCACGACUACUUUAAAACCGGAGAGGAUCACUACUCAGAGCUUGGAAAAGGUGGAACCCUCUUCAAGUACUACCCUGAAGACGAUGCGCACUACGAUUGCGAGCGCUACGACGAACGACGAAGUGUCCUCGACGACAUUCGCGCCCACAACGAAGAAGAGUCAAAGUCCACGCACUACUCCCAAGCCGAAGGUCACCACGUCGAGAACGACUCCGCAUCCGAAGCCAACGUCGGUGACGACGAAACCGUCGAGACCGGGUCAACAGGGUAGACCGAAACCUACCCCGACGAGGAGAAGCACAGUGAAGCCUGAUACGACGAAGAACGAGACCGCGUCGACCGGUAAGAUCGAAAAGGUGACGUUCAAGCCGGUUCAAAUAAUCACGACCUUGAAGAACAGGCCGGAGAAUACGGAAAGGCCGAUGUUCGUCACCAAGAUAAAAGCCUCGGUGCUGAUGGAUACUCAGAAGACACCGACUACUUUGCAACCGGCGUCCACCGCGACCACCUUGAGCGCCCUCACCACCACCUCCAAAUCGAACCUGUCAGGUGCGGAUCUCGUGGAAGUGCCGGUGAGAUCGAAACCGAUCGGCACAAACGUCAACAAUGUGCUGAAGGUACAGCUGAAGAAGCCCGUGGACGAGACCACACAGAUCGAGGUUGACCCGAUCAAGAUGAACGCGCCGAUCCUGAAGAUCGAGAAGAUAAGCAAGGACAAAUUGGACGAGAUCGUGGAGAAGAACAUCGACGAGCUAAGCAACUCCAGGAUAGACCUGAAGUUCGACUUCAAUCCCGAGCUGACGAAGAUCAACGUAGAGACGCAAACCGAAGUGGCCACUAUGACGACGACGGCGGCGGCGACGACGGGAACGUCGACGACGCCAUCGUUGACAAUAGCAUCGAGCACGACGAAACGGCCGAGGCACAAUUCGAAAAGGAAGAAGAACAAAGUCCGUAGGCGCAAGCCAUCCACUACGUCAGUGGCGCCUAGCUCGACGACGGUCGCGAGCAUAAUGUCCAGCUUGAUGGAGACCAGCGAGAGCGUCACCGACUCCAGUAUCAUAGACAAUGCGGUCCAGGAGUCGAAGAUCGCUCCUGAGACUAAGAUAGCGGCGAACACGACGAAGACGAAGAAGAAGCAACCGCAGAAGGGAAUUAGCACGCAGAUCUACAACUUUCUCAGUCGCGAGGUGAUGCCGAGCUUCGGUGUAAUGUCCUUAGUGGGUCUCGGUCUCGGUCUGGCCUCGUACUUCUUAUACCCCUUCGGCGGUACCAUCUCCCGCAGGAACUACGAGGUGGAGCCGAACUACAAGUACAAUAUGGAGGAUUACGACAAUAACUACGGUCAGAGCGAAGAGGAAGUGCUGUCCAAGGUGUUCCAGGGUAUGACGAGUCACGAGAGCAAGUAUCCGGGCGUGAAGGACCUCAACAGCAACUACUAUCAUUAUCAGCACUAUGACGGCGCGUACGACGCGCAGACGACGAAGAGGAUCGACUCCAGGUAUCCGUCGGUGUCCACAUCAUCCAUCUACAGGCCGGUGGAGAACACUCAGUCUGCAAAGUAUCGGAACACGGACCACAACAGGUACUCUGAGGCGCAGACCACGCCAGUUUACUACGACCGUAAACACGCGGAGGGUCUCGCCGAAAUCCCGGGAUCGGCGAAUCGGCAGUUCGUGGUCGGUAAUGUACCCAAGGAAUAUCCGUUCGGCAUGAAAGACGCUGCUCUAUCUGUGGCCAGCAAGAAAGGGAACGGCUACGAGUCGACUGAGAGCGGGCAAACGCAGUUCGAGCGGGACAUCGCGCAGACCUUCAACUUCCCGGGAUCAGGCAACCUGCAUGGCUACGGUCCGGUCCACUUGUCGGAGACGUCGUCCGUCAGGCCGGACGACGGCUAUGAAGAGAUCGAGAUCACGCCGACGGCGGUGGCCGUUGAGCAUGGCCCGCGGUCUCUCAAGGUGAAACGAACCGCGUCUACCGACAGAGGAGGAGGCGGCCGGCUCUCGCGGCCGAAGAGAGAGUCGGUAAUACAGGUGAUACCGUCGAAGCAUGAGCUGGAGGAGGAGGAGAAGGAGGAGGACCUGAGUAACGAGAUCUUGGAUAUUAUCGACUUGGCGCUACCGGGCGGGGACGAGCCGAAGACGCGAAACAAUAGCGAAGGCAUCAACGAGGUCGAGGACCUUGAGGCGCAGAAGAGGAAACGGCAAGAGGAGGCUAACACGCGCAUAAAAGAGUCCACUAUGAAGACCUUCAUCACUACCACCACCACUAGCAGUGUGCAGAACCUAGAGGGUACACACGACACAACGAAAAUCCCCGGGAGCGAGUCGACCCCGAAGGCCGUCGAGAAAGCGAAUGGCGACGUGAGUAAGGAUACCACGGAGGAGACGCACACCGUGAGCACGACGUCGUCCAGCUCCAAGGACGCCGAGUCGACGACCGUCGAGUGGUUCGAGAGCUCGACCACACAGAAGCCCGCGGAGGGCUUCAGCAUCUUCAACUUCGUGAAGAAGGUAGCCGAGAUCAAGUUCAGGCUGGGCUUGACGAUCCUCAAGCAUGCCAGCGAGGGCUUCGCGCGGUAUCUCGGUCACGUGCAGAAGAGGAUCAACGGCGAGGAGUAAGGGAGGUCGAGAACGAGCAAGCGAGCAAGCGAGCGAGCGAGCAGCGGAAUGUAUCGCGAACUCGAUGAACGCGGCGGUAACUCCUCGUGAGGCGAUCGGGGUCUCCUCAGCCGGUCGCGACGAUGCAGCGGUGCGUGUGCGCCAUCGUCAUGACGGCUGAAGCGGGCGCGUUCGCUUUUGUGCGUUCCGCCGAGCGCCGGACAAUCGAGCGAUCGGGCAAAAGCGCGACCCCGAAGAGGAGCGCACGACUAUGCCUGGCUAACGGUAGUCGGGCGGAACGCGGGGAAGCGACCGGCGCACGCAGCUCUCCUCCCCCUCCCUCCUGCCCCGGCCAGCUUCACGGUCGAUUCGGUCGGGACGCGAUUUCACGGGCGAUCAUUUUUUGUCCGCGACCAGCGACGUCGCGUCCUUUCACUUAGAAAGCUAAAACGAUGAAGAGGAACAUGAAAUACUGUUACGCCCGUUCGGUGAAUGUAACGCCGCGUCUCUUCUUCUUCGAGGUAUCGCCGUACCGGAUACGCGAUAUGGAUCUUCUUCUUCUUCUUCUUCUUCUUCUUCUUCUUCUUCUUCUUCUUCUUCUUCAGGAUCUUCGGUGCUCGACGCGCGGGGGAUCGAUGAUCGACGACGAUGCGAUACGACGCGCUGGCGACUGGCGACGUUCUCUGUCUGGCGACACCAGCAGGUUCGGCGAACCUGACGAGCUUGAACUCGUCGCUCUUCGGGUCCUCGCGCGCGCGCGCGCGCGCAAUGCACCUCGCGACGCGUCGCAUUCCGGUUGAUCGAUUUGUUCGACAGAGGAGAUAGCGCGGGAUUGGUGGAGGGGUUUCGGAAGAGUCUCUCUUUUGCUCUUUGCCUCUUUCUCUCUUUCUUUCACUCUCCUACGGAGGAUCGAUCAGACCUUUAUUGUCGCUUAGUUCUCUGUCUAUAAUUGUUUUGGUAUGCGCGCUACGCUCCCGUCCUCUCGCUGGAGGACGAGCGAAGACGUACGGAGGAGUCGAUUAUUGGGCAACACUUAUAGCUGUAGUGUAUAUUAUAAAUAAAUAAAUAGAGCUGAACGAACGAACGAGUGAAUAAAUAAAUAAAUAAGUAUGCAACUAUGUAAUACCCUGACAUACGUUAUGUAAAUAAAUAUAUGGAGAUUGCGAACGCUUGUUUCUCUUGCGCGAUUAACGCGAUCGUCCCGAAGGGACGCGAGGGUGGCGGACGUCCUCUAAGCGUCCUCGACGACUCCCAGGGUGGGGUCGCGCGCGUAUGUAACUUGGACUUCUCUCUAAUUUCGCUCGUCCGUCUCCGUCGGGGACCAACGCCGGGGCAGCAACAGGUGGCGGUUGUUUUCCGAUCGAUCAUGCUUACGUGCUCUCGCACGCAAGCGGACGGUGAUACAUUGAUUAUUCAAUAACAUGCUCGGUAAUGCUAUGGUAUCUAUGAUCCAGCUGACUAUACCGUCACGCGGUCCCGGCAAAAUGGCUCGCGAGGGGCAGGUCUGGGUGCUUGUUAACCGCGCGCGCGCGCGAGUCGGUUUUUGACCGAACGGCUUUCAAUGCAGUUUCGUUUACCCUGAAGUCCGAAAGUUUCGAUUUCGUUCGCACGCUGUCCCCGCG